AUGGCCGCUCUUGUUGGGUUUUUGAGACGAACAAACCAUGAAAAUCGCCAAAGAAGACGUCUCCCUCGUCCUCGGGUGUUCAGAGAUAGGCUUGACCCCCUUGGUAUGCAUACAGAAGAAGAAUUAUUUGAGAGGUAUCGGUUUAGACGACCUACUAUCAUAUUUAUCCAUAAUCUGGUGAAUGGGAUCGUAGAGCAUCACACCAAGAGGUCUUUGGCACUUCCAGGGAUACUCCAGCUUCUAAUUUUCCUCCGGUUCGUGGCCACGGGUGCUUUUCAUCAAGUUGUAGGCGACACCGUCCAUGUGUCGAAAUCCACUGCGGGGCGAUGCAUAAGGAGAGUAGCCUCAGCACUUCUGUCCAUUGCUGCAGCUUUUAUCAGUUUCCCCACAGGACAAGAUGCUACCAAUGUCAAAAGAAAAUUCCAUGCUAUCGCAGGGUUCCCUGGUGUGUUGGGGUGUGUUGAUGGUACUUUUAUUCGCAUCCAAACUCCUACUGAAAAUGAGCCCGAUUACAUCAACAGAAAAGGAUAUCAUUCUUUAAAUGUCAUGAUGACCUGUGAUGCCAACUUCAUUAUAACAAACUGUGUUGCAAAAUGGCCAGGAUCCUGCCAUGAUUCAAGAGUCUUUCGAGAAAGUGUUCUCUGUCAGCAGUUUGAGAAUGGUCAGCAUAAUGGUAUACUUUUGGGGGACUCCGGGUACCCCUGCCGGACAUACCUUAUGACGCCUUAUAACAAUACCAAUGAUGUCAGAUACAGAGAGCGUUACAACAGUGCAUUGUGCAGAACAAGAGUCAUUAUAGAGCAAACUUUUGGUAUAUUGAAAAGAAGAUUCCCUUGCCUGUCCGUUACCCUGAGAACAAACCCAGAUAGAGCCUGUCAAUACGUGGUUGCAUGUGUUGUUCUACACAACAUAGGGAUCAUGAGGCAAGACAUUGUGUCUGUCGACCCAGCUGACCUCACCAUAGCCGGCCCAGAUGUAGACAACAUUAUGAUUAACCAAGGUAACAACAAUGGCUUUGGAUUCAGGGAGAUAAUUGCCAGACAGUGUUUUGAUCAUUGACAUUUCAGGCCUUGCUCUUGUUAAGUUAUGAGAAACCAGUGCAAAAUUUUUAACUUUUUCAAUUCUUACAUAAUUUAUGCAACCAUCAAUACAAAACAUCAGUGUAAUUUAUGGAUUUAGAUUACUGUUUGAAAUUUCAAUAUUUUUCUCCAGUAUCAGUUAAAUCAUCUGCAUGCACCUGUAAAUGCACU